CAACCUCCGACCUGACUCCUACUCCUCAUCUAUUACCCUCUCGCUCUCUCUCUCUCUCAUCUUCCUCCUCUUUCUUCUUCUUCUUCUUCAUCACCAACAACAACACAACCUGGACUCUCCAUUAUUCUUCCUUUUUGCAUUACCUCUUGGGCUUCCUCAUUCUUCUUAUCCCCCUUUCCUUUCCUGGGCUUGCCUCCUUGCUGCCCUUUUGUAACCUGACCAGUCGCUGGUAGACCCACGAGCCGUUCCUUAUCUCUCUAUCUCCUCGCUCUCCAUCACCUCAUCAUCACCAUCAUCACAAUGAGAGGCCUGGCCGCCCUCUCUUUUGCAGCCACUGCUGUGGCUGCUGUCGUCCCUGCCUUUGGGACUGAGACCAUUCACAACGGUGCCGCUCCUUUGCUGUCUUCCGUCAAUGCCGAGGUCAUCCCCGACCGUUACAUCAUCAAGUUCAAGAGCCAUGUGACAGACAAGCACGCCAACGACCACCACGUCUGGCUCAGCUCCGUCCACAGUGCCAACCAGGAGGCCCACGAGCUUGAGCUGCGGAAGCGUGGCCAGUGGCCCCUCGAGGACGGUUUCACUACCUUCGAGGGCUUGAAGCACAAGUACUCCAUCGGUAGCAGCUUCGCAGGCUAUGCUGGCCACUGGAGCGAGGACACCAUCGAGGCCAUCCGCUCCCAUCCUGAUGUCGAGGCUGUUGAGCAUGACACGAUCGUCCACACGAUGGAGUACAAGGUGGAGGAGUCCUGCAAUGGCGAGACCGAGAAGAUGGCUCCCUGGGGUCUGGCUCGUGUCUCUCACCGGAACACCCUUUCGUUUGGUACCUUUAACAAGUACCUGUACGCAGAGGACGGUGGUGAGGGUGUCGAUGCCUACGUGAUUGACACUGGUACCAACAUUGACCACGUCGACUUCGAGGGCCGUGCUUCGUGGGGCAAGACUAUCCCUAAGGGCGAUGCUGACGCCGAUGGCAACGGUCACGGUACGCACUGCUCUGGCACUAUUGCUGGCAAGAAGUACGGUGUUGCGAAGAAGGCCAAUGUCUAUGCCGUCAAGGUCCUCCGGUCCAACGGCAGCGGCACCAUGGCUGAUGUCAUUGGCGGAGUCGACUGGGCUGCCUCCAACCACCUUGAGCAGGUCAACGCCGCCAAGGAUGGCAAGCGCAAGGGCUUCAAGGGCUCCGUCGCCAACAUGUCCCUCGGCGGUGGCAAGACCAAGAUGCUUGAUGCUGCUGUGAACGCCGCCGUCGAGCAGGGCAUCCACUUUGCUGUCGCUGCCGGCAACGACAACGCCGACGCCUGCAACUACUCGCCCGCCGCUGCUGAGAAUGCCGUGACCGUCGGUGCCUCCGCCAUCGAUGACAGCCGUGCUUACUUCUCCAACUACGGCAAGUGCACUGACAUCUUCGCCCCCGGCCUCAGCAUCCAGUCCACCUGGAUCGGCAGCGACCACGCCGUGAACACCAUCUCCGGCACUUCCAUGGCGUCUCCUCACAUUGCUGGUCUCCUGGCCUACUUCCUGUCCCUCCAGCCUGCCAAGGACUCCGAGUACUCUCUGGCCGCCAUCACUCCCAAGGAGCUCAAGAGCCAGAUGAUCAGCCUCGGCACCUCGGGCGCCCUCUCUGACCUGCCCAGCGAUACCCCCAACGUGCUUGCCUGGAAUGGCGGCGGUUGCAGCAACUACUCCGCCAUCCUCGAGGCUGGUGGGUACGCCGUUCAGCCCAAGAGUACGAGCAUCCUGUCGUCCGUUUCUGACAAGGUCGCCGAGGCUGGCGAGUCUCUGGCCGAUAAGGUCGACAAGCUCUCCGAGAAGAUCCACGAGCUCGUCGAUGAGGAGCUCAAGGAAUUCAUGGACGAGAUGACCAUGUAAGGACCUGGGUUGAGUGAUAGAACACCAAGCACCACGCGUUUGGCAGGAUAUUCAUUAUUGCCAUCAUCAUAAUCAUCAUCGUCAUCAUCACCACCCGUCAAGGGCGGGCUUGUCUUGAUACAGCGUCGGGAAUGGACGCGGCAUGACACUCUGACGAGCAGGGAGCGGGCCGCCAACACUGACACCGCACAUGGAUGGGAGUUAUCUUUUUUUUGUCUUCCCUUUUCUCGUUGUGUACGUGCAUGCAGUCUUGUUGGCUUGGUCUGAUUAGGCAGGGUUUUGGAUGGACGGUUAAGAGGGUCUGGGCAUAUGUUCUCCAUAAUGGCACUCUCUCCCGCCCUACAACUAACUACAAUACAUUCUAUGGUUUCCUUGUCUCAC